ACGGGAAGCGCCGCUGCGUGACUCCGGCGGGGCAGCCGGGCAAAGUAAGAGUCUCAUUGCAGUGGUACUGCAGCUGCCCUGCCCGCACCAUGCGCCUCUCCGGCUCCAGGGCGGGCUCCGUGCGGCUGCUGCUCUCGCUGGCUGCUCUGUGGCUGUCGGAUGCUAAAGAAACAGGUACAGCUAUGACAACAGGAGAUAUCAAUCAGCAAACUCAAGAGAGCAUUUCUGAUUAUACCACGAAGAGACAUGACUUAUCUACCCCUGGUUCACAUCUCACUGCACAAGAUUUUAAUCAGCAGACUAAUGAAAAUCUCACAAUAGUGCUGAAUAACAUAUCCAUACCAGGGUUUUCCAGUGCUCCAGUGGAAAAACCAGUUAUACUAGCCGAUCCAGCUACCAUUGAACUCUUGUGUACCCUGAACAGCACAUCCACUGAUUCAGCAGCCAUUAAUAUGACGUGGAAGAAGGAUAAUGAAACAGUCAGAAGUGGCAAUGUCACCUCUAGUAAACUCAAAAAUGUCUGGAGUACUCAAUAUACGUUGAAUAUCAGAGAGAGAAAUCAAAUGGGAAAUUACACUUGUAUUUUUAAAAGUGAAAAAGAAGUGAAAGCCACAUUUCAUGUGCAAGCACCUCAGAUUGAUGGAAAAGAACAUCAUGUAGUCAGUUAUGUAGGAGAUUCUGUUGUCCUGGUCUGUAAAAGUGUCAAAUAUACUCCUAUCAACUGGAUCUGGUACAUGAGUAAUGGAAGUGACCAGAUUGCUGUUAAUGAUUCUUUGAUGCCAGAUAAAUAUAAAAUCAACAAAGAGAAUAACAGAACAACAAAAUUCAAGAUUCUGAAGAUCUCAGAGAAAGAUGAUAGAUCAUAUUGGUGCCAAGCUGAAUUUAAAUUAGGAGAGAGCACAGGAAAAGUAUCCCUUAAAGUCCUCACCUAUAUGGUACCACUCAAACCAUUUCUUGCAAUAGCAGCUGAAGUUAUUAUUUUAGUAACCAUUAUUUUCCUGUAUGAGAUGUACUCCAAAAAGAAGCAGGUGCUGUCAGAUGAUCAAAAAGAAUUUGAACAAAUUGAGCAACUUAAAUCAGAAGAUAGUAAUGGUGUGGAAAAUAGCACCACGAGGCAACGAAAAGUUUAAAUCAGUUCCUAAAGGAAGGAGAAUUUGAGCCAACAAAAAGGAAAUAUCAUUUGGCCAUCACAAAACCACAGGAAGAUGUACAUGGCUAUGCAUUUCAGAUAUCUCCAAUGCUUCUAAUUAGGACUCGUUAGACUUGUAACAAAAUAAUGAAGAUCUACUCUGCUUUUAAAAUAUAGACAUGAAACUGCCUCUUUGCCCAGACUUCUAUAAAGUCUAUACUGUAGCCUGAUAUUACAUAUGUACACUCAAA